AUUACCAUCCAUCUACCCGCGGCUGGACGGCUGAUUUUGGCUGAUGAGUUGGCACGGCCGCACGGCUGGCUAGUGGCUAGCCAAAACCGGUCAGGUCAAAACCACGACCAUCCGCGGUUUUCCCCGCUGGCUUUUGGUUUUUACGCUCCUUGACGCUGUUCAGUUGUCUCUCUAUGCCGCAACGCUACGGCGUACUGUACACUGCACUUGCAAUCUGCUAUGGCGAAGUUUGAUUGCAUCGCAGUAACUUGCGCUUCUCUGAAGUGGGCUACUGCGAUUGAAGCCGAGCUUGCAAUACUGCGAAAUCGGAAUAUUAUACCCACAUCCACGAAAACGUUAACAGUUGAAGAUCCUGCGAACAACAUCGGUAGUGGAGCUGCUACGUUAAAUGCAUUGCUGGUUGUCACCGAGUUGCUGAGCGCCGACAGCGGUUACACAGUUAUAUCGCCGGACGUUCUUACAAAGAGCCGAAUCCUGGUAUUACAUCAUGGCCGAGAAUAUGCUUAUGAGCCCUGUGGGAAAGCAUUCAUGGCCCUACCAAACAAAGUCGACGGCACCGCCUCCAACCUCGAAAACCUUCUCCGGCUUGUGUCACAGAUGCAAGAGAGUGGACCGCCAGGUGUGUGGAUUUGCAGCACAGACAUGGUCCUAAGCUGUUCUGAGACUGCCAUCAACUGGGAAACUGUAAAAGGUGGCUUGCUUGUCUGUUGUGCAAGUGAUCCACAAUAUGCUACUGGUCAUGGUGCUGUCAUGACUGACCCUGAUGGAAAUGUAUCCAGCAUUUUGUAUUGUGGAACCUUGGAAGCACUGCACAAUUACACAAGACCUGAUGGCACAGUCCCUGUUGUGUCUGGCAUUGUGUUCCUCAGUGCUGAAGUGGCAGAAAGCCUUCUCGCCUUGCAGGCAAAGUCGCCCUUGGACAGUUGCACAUACAUGGGCGUAGACAGUGGGGCUGAACCAAUGCAGAUGUCUCUCUUUUUCGACCUGUUGGUUGCAAUGACCACAGGGGUGUCUCGAGAGUCCUUUGAGAACGGUUCAUGUGGGCGAUGGUACGACCACAAGUUCUGUCUCGCUAGGAAAGAAGCUGCCCAGAGGGCCAGGAGUCUCAUCUGGGAAGAACUCUCAUGGCACACUUUGAAGCCUUAUGUAUUGGAAGGUGGCACUUAUCAGUAUCUUUCAAAUGAUACUACCGCAGAGGAACAUUCCAAGCGCUUUCUUGGAACAUCCGAAGUGAACCCUUUUCUUCAUUCUGCAUUGGAGGGAUGCAUGGAAGAAAGAUCAAAAUGUGCUCUUAUGAACACAUUGUUGAGGUGCCCGGGGCGGUGUCAUGUCGGCGACUGCUCUGUUUUGAAGGACUGUUGCUUGGAAGCGGCUGAUAUAUUUGUGGGCCAGAACUGUUACGUAAAUGGGGUGACAUUGGCGUUGAAGGACGAGGCAUUACAUAUUCCUGACGGUGCCUGUCUGCUACAGUAUGAAGUUUGGUUGGCUGAUUGUGCAGAAACAUUUCCAGUCGCUGUUGCCUUUGGGGCACGUGACAACAUUACGGUUUCAUGUACUGACAGAGGCUUCACGAUAUUCAAUCGUCCCUUGACAGACUUCUGCGAACAUCUUUCGAUUUCGAUGGAGGACUUGUGGUCUCUUUCAGAGGUUGGAGGAAGCAGUUGCCUUUUGACUGCCAAGCUGUUCACAGUCGGUGAGGAGAGCCUUCAGGAUGCACUGUGGCUUUGUAGUGGCAAGUCUGACAAGGAACUUUUGACCAGAUGGAGGAAAAAAGAGAGGUUGUCUUUGGCAGAAAUCAUGGCAUGUCACGACUUGAAACAGCAAUUUUCGAAACGCUGGGACACCUUUAUUGCUGUUGCAAGCUCGGUGAUAAAAAAAUCCCUGACUGAAGGGUCAGACGUCUUGAUCACCCCCUACAUGAGUGUGGCUUGUGCCUGCAGCCGGGAAGCAGCUUUAAUGGAUGCUCUUGACUCUGUUGCAGAGAGCGAAGCAGCAAACAAAGAUGUUGCUGUGGCUUGUAGGGUGUUUUCUUGCAUUGCUGACUAUUUGGGAACUAUGGCUGGCAAGUCUGGAGGUUUGAGAAGUGGACCUGGGGGAAAUAAGGCCUGGACAACUGCCUUCCAUUUUCUAGAGGAAGGAGACACACACAACGGAUCAGUAGCCCUGAAGCAGGAGCGUCUCAAGUGGAUGGAUCGUUCUGAUCGCAUGAUAAGAGCAGCGAGGCAUUAUGAAGGGGCCCUUCAGGUUCUCAUACGCAGGGCUGUGCUGACGGCUGAACAGUUUGUCGUUGCAAAGCCAACUGGAGAAGGCCUCGCCUAUGACGUCUGGGCUGUGGCCGAAUGCCCGGCUCGCAUGGACCUGUUUGGUGGGUGGACAGACACUCCGCCUAUCUGCUAUGAAUUGGGCGGCUCUGUAAUCAAUGUGGCCGUGCUCGUUGACGGACAGAGACCAAUUGGAGCCAAGGCAAGGAGGUUGACUGAACCACACAUCAUUCUCACGCUACUGCACCACAAUGUGCCUGAGACAAUAACCAUUAGAAACAUGGCUGACCUUCUUGACUACAAUCAACCUGGAGCCAGAGGUGCACUCUUGAAAGCCUGCCUUGUUGGAUCCAACGUUGUACAGAUUACAGACGAGAAUCUGUCACUGUCGAAGCAGCUUAAGGAGCAGCACGGUGGAGGCAUUGAACUUGACAGCUGGUCAAACCUUCCUCAAGGAUCAGGAUUGGGGACUAGCAGCAUCCUGGCCAGUGCAAUUGUGGCAGCUCUCUGGGCAGCAGUAGGCUGGACUUUUGACAAAAGCUCCCUGAUCCACUGCGUUCUGCGUGUGGAACAGCUCCUCACAACCGGUGGUGGAUGGCAAGACCAAGUGGGUGGGGUCACUGGUGGCCUUGUCCGGGGCUACUCAAACCCUGGACUCCCCCUUCGCAUUCACAUUGAAGCUUUCCCUCUGACCAAGCAGCUUUUGGCACAGCUGAGUGCUCACUUCGUGCUCCUCUACACUGGCAAAGUGAGGCUGGCCAAAAAUCUACUCCAGACAGUCAUAAGGAACUGGUACACAAGGGAUACCAAGGUGAUUGCAUGCUUCAGGGAGCUUUUGCAUCAGUGUGAGACAAGUGUGAGAGACGUUUUCUUGUCAGGGGACUUUGAGGCAAUCGGCAAGAGCCUGGGCAAGUACUGGAGCCUCAAAAAGGUGCUCGCUGUGGGUUGCGAACCAGAGUUCGUUCGGCGUCUGAUGGACCUGCUCAGUCCUCAUGUUCACGGGCAACUUUUGCUUGGAGCUGGUGGAGGUGGAUUCCUCUGUGCCCUGAUGAAGCAGCCGCACAUGGUCGACUCGGUCAGGAAACUCCUGGCUAAUGCCGAGGGCAUGGAAAGGGUAACUGUGCACCAUGUGGACAUUGACUUGGCUGGUCUGAGGCUUUGUGUUAGGGGGAAUGUAAUCCCCCUGCACUGAAAGUGCACAUUUUGCACACAUGGAAAAACAUACCUAUGCAUCUACACGUGUUGUUUUCUAUGAAAUAUGGAGAGGACCACUUUUUAAACUACCCAAGCUCUUCAGCUUUUCUUGGAGCUCUUCCUUUGAACUGUAUCAAAUUGAAAUAAAGGAAGCACCUAGUGUUUGUCAGGCUGCAUUCACCAGCUCUGCAUGAACAUAUGGUGUUUAUUUACUUGUUCA